AUGGCCUCCGACAAUGCGGUCGAUUGCCUGAUCAUCGGCGCUGGCAUUUCCGGCAUCAAUGCUGCCUACCGCUUUCAGUCCCGUUUCCCGGACAGCACGUACACCAUCCUCGAUGCGCGCUCCGAGCUGGGUGGGACAUGGUCAUUUUUCAAAUACCCCGGCCUCCGAUCCGACAGUGACCUCUAUACCUUUGGCUUCCCAUGGAAUCCUUGGGAUGAGGAUCGGGAAAUCGCCACCGCCCCUGCCAUCCUGUCCUACCUCCAUCAGUCAUGCGAGAAAUUCGGCAUAGAUCGCCAUAUCCGCUACCAGCAUUUUGUUCGAGAGCUGCACUGGAAGUCCGAUCUACAGAGGUGGCAGGCGACCGUCGUCAAGGGCGGAGGUGCAGAUCAGCCUGACUCUGAAGGCGAUGGCAAGGAGGAAUUGACCUACUAUGCGCGCUAUCUCGUGCUCGGUACGGGCUAUUAUGACUACCAUACGCCCUUGCAAACCACCGUUCCUGGCCUGGAACAUUUCAAAGGCACCAUUAUCCAUCCGCAGUUCUGGGACACCUCUCUCUCCACUGACGACAAGAAAGUGGCCAUCAUAGGCUCCGGUGCCACAGCAGUCACCCUCCUCCCAACCCUGAGCGAAACCGCCGAAAAAGUCACCAUGAUCCAACGCUCUCCAGGUUAUUUCUUCACCCCACCGCUGCAGGACUGGUUCAACGCGCAAGCCCGCCGUUGGCUGCCCUCCUGGAUCUCCCAACGCAUCAUGCGCUGGCGCAUGAUCGCCCUCAACCUCUUCCUGAUCCAGCUCUGCUGGUGGUUCCCGCAACGAGCCAGCAACAUCCUCAAAUCAGCCACGGCACAACUCCUCCCCAAAGAAACCACGCUCACCAUGGAAAAGGACUUCUCCCCCACCUACACACCCAUGCAGCAGCGCCUCUGCAUCUGCCCCGGCGGCGACUUCUUCGAGGCGCUCCGCCGCGGUAAGGCCGACAUCGUAACAGGCCCUAUCGCGUCCGUCGAGCCGCACGGCGUGCGCAUGCAGGACGGCCGCUUGGUGGAAGCCGACAUCCUCGUCACAGCCACGGGCCUGAAGAUCAACGUGGGCGGGCACGCGCGGGUCCUCGUCGACGGCGAGGAGGUCAACGUGCACGACAAGUUCGUCUGGAAGGGCACCAUGGUGCAAGACGUGCCGAACCUGGCCAUCGUCAUCGGCUACGUCGACCAUCCGUGGACGCUCGGCGCGGACGCCACGUCCCGUCUGUUCACGCGCAUCAUCGCCGCGGUGGAGAAGCGGGGCGCCACCAGUGUCACGCCGUGUUUGAGCGAGGAGGAGAAGAGGACGGUCAAGGAUGUGCCGUACAUCGCUAUCAAUAGCACGUAUCUCAAGGCGGCGAGGGAGAAGGGCUGCUUUCCUAGAGGUGGCGAUCGCGGACCCUGGGUACCGCGGCAUAAUUACCUGAAGGACCAUUGGGCGGCCGAGUGGGGUGGCUUUGGGGGGUUGGUAUUUGGGAAACAGAGUGCGGAUUGA